ACAGAGUUUGGUGCUUGAGCUAAAAUCAGUGAUCUUCUCUAUGGACUCUGGUAAAGCUGAGAGAGAGGUUCACAAACUUCCUGUUGGAAGAAAUCAGUUUAAUGUUUAGAGACAAUAAGGAAGUGGACAUUGACCCUGCAGCGCACACACAGAAACAGACACACGCUAAGUUUGGACAUGAGGGAAUAGAACUGAUCAAACUCCUGGAACUGCUGAAGUGGUUAAGAUCAGGGCCUGAGAACCGAAGAGGAACCAGGAUGGGUCUGGAGCUAAAGCUUCAGCUGCUGAAGUUUUGUUCGUUUUUGUUCAACAUCCUCUUCCUGGGUCUGGGAGUGAGUGUGGCCGGCUGUGGCAUCUGGAUUCUGUUUGGCAAAGAAAACCUUCUGACCAUCCAGUCACAAGCGGAGCUGUCGAUAGUGGGGUUUGGGCUGCUGGUGACUGGCUGUGUGGUGAUUGUUGUUGUUGUAAUUGGAUGUGUUGGAGUUCACAGAGGACACAGAGUCCUGCUACUGACAUACCUCAGUCUGCUCGUGGUCCUGGUUCUGGGUCAGCUGUUCAUCACUCUGCUGCUGUUCAUCAACAGGAGACAGAUUGAGGACAAUUUGGACGCAACCGUUGACAUUUUGAUUGUUAACUAUGGGAGCAACAGCAGCAGCAGCAGCAGAGACUCCCUGAUCAACAACAUCCAGACACAGACGAAAUGCUGCGGCAGAACGGGUCCCGCCGAUUGGCUUAAGAACUCUUACCUCAUCAGCCUGAGUCUGGAUGAGUCUCUGAGCGUCCUUCCCUGUUCCUGUUUCAGCUGGUCUGAAGGUGUAGACCAGUCUCCCUGGUGUACAGAGCGUCUGAAUGUCUCGCAGCACCUGGACACAGCAGAGACGCCAUUGUUUGGGACAGGAAACAGUUCCUACGAUCAGGGCUGUAAACAAACACUCAGUGACUGGCUGCAAAAAAACAUUGUGACAAUUGUGGCCAUGGACCUCAGCCUUUUAGGAGUCCAGGUAUUGCAGUUUGCGGUGAUCCUGUCUUUGUACAAAGCAUUUGGAAAGAAAGCCUUCUUGAAACGAGCCAAUCAGCUGAUUGAUCCGGACCCCGCCCACAUAGACUGUGAUGAUACUCAGGUGAUAAACUACCAGACUGACCCGCCCACACAGACUGAUGAUUAUUAUCACAAUUAUCACAAUCAAUGAGUGAAAGAACAUGUCUGUUUAAUGCUGUAAAUUUCGGAAGUAUUUUUAUUAUUAUUAUUAUUAUUAUUAUACCUUAUAUCUAUUACAACUCUACAAAAUGUUAGCACCUCCAGCAAAAAUGUUAACAAAUUUACCUCAAACAUUUAUAAAAUCCAUAAAACAAAUAUUCAAAUAUCAUGUCAUAAAUAAUAGGAUUAUUCAUUUAAAUUUAAUAAAAUCUUGAUUGUU